UUAUUUCAGAAGUGCUGUUGAGUGCAUGCAUAAACAUUAACGGUUCGACUUUUGGCUCUCGAUUUUGUGUUCAGAAACCAGGGGAAAAACAAUCUCAGCAUGACCAGGUGCCCGGCCUGCAUGGUCAGUGAAUCACCAGAAUCCAAGACCUAGUGAUAAAUAACUUCUCCGCAUCAGAAAUUCUUCUAUUUGGUAUAACAACAUAAACAAAUUCUCCACUAAUUCGAAACAAACAUUAAUUUGACGAAAGCUCGUAAAUGCUGGUCAGCAGAUUAGAGGGCAAAAUAUAGAACCGACACAAGGAGGGGGCACUUGAAACAUCUGGCAAUCCGGCGAGUGUUGCAGGAUGUAAACAAUUUCCUGAAAAACAAAGCCGCGUGAUCGGGGGGUCAAAACCACGCAAACCCUGGGUAUAAAUAGACGAGGAAUUAUCAAACAGCAUCAAAGUUCUUUGAGAGUCAAGAUGAAGUUUUGGUUGUCUCUGUUGUUGGUCUUAGCUGUAGUCAGUGUCCUGGAAGCACGGCGCGGGGGGAAGUGGAGAGAAUGGCGGAGACAGAGGCUUGCAGGAAUACAAGGUGCACGGAACGGGUACCCGGCUGUGGCUAAUGAUGACGAUGUAAAAGACGAUGACGAAGAUGACGGCGAUAAAAACAGCUGGAUGGCUAAGAAACAAAACAAAUGGGCCAUGAAACGCCAGAGGAAAAUGAAAUGGAUGCAGAAACGCCGCGGCAUGAUGACAGCAGACGACUCUGACGAAGAUGAACCAGAGGAGGCACAGGACGGCGACCAGGAUAAACACGUAAUGGUUCACCGUCGACGAUGGCAGCAACACAAAGGCAACAGGGCCCAGAGACGUCAGAAAUGGAGAAAAAUGAAGAAGAUGAAGAAAUGGAUGCACAAAAGACCAUCCUGCUUCUGUCUGCAGACUGAACAACUAGAGAAGCUGCAGGAACUGAUAAAGAAGGAGGGCCUGGAGAAAGAAUUCCCCCAGAUAAUGCCACCAGAGGAAAACACCCUAGACGACGAGACAUCCGAUGUCUCCGAUGAUGAGGAUAGCGAUGAUACUGACGACACCGAGGAGAUCGAUAAUGUCAAUGAAGAAUCCAAUGAAUCAGAGGAAGUAACAGAUGGCACUAAUGAGGAGCUUCCUUUAAUGACAACAGAAUCAUCUAUCAUUUUACAGUAAAUUCAGAAUUUCAUUGUUUGAACUUUUUUGUCUGGAUUAAAUCAUUUUCACAAUAUCAAAAAAUAAAAAUGAUUAACUGAG